AGAAAACAGUGCGGGGGGAGUUAAAGAACAAUCCCAAGCCUCGGAAACAGCAAAGCAGCCCCUGGAGCAGGCUGGGCUCCCAGCCUUCGCUGCUGGCAGACCGGGGAGCUGCCAGGUUUGUGGCUAGUGGGGACUGAUGAAAUAAAUGUUAUGGGCCCAUUGGGGUGCAAAGGCAGGAUUUUGGGGAGAGGUGAAAUCAGCAGGGAAAUGCUAGUGGGCAGUUUGGGGGAGCCGCUCUCCCUGGUGCCAACAAGCGCCCAGCAAUGGGGAGAAGAGGGGCUGCUGCCCUACUUGUUAACCACUGAACUGUGCUCCCAGAGAUUGCAGCCCGGGGGCCACCAGCCGCCCCCCCUCGGCCGCCUGCCUGCCUGCCUGCCUGCCUCCCUCUCCAGCCAGGCGGCUCCGGCCUGAGAGUGUAGGCGGCCAAUGGCAGCCCCUCGCCCGGCACGUCACGGGCUGCAGGGGGGAGAUUGGAGGGCGGCCACAUGAAAGAGGAGCGGCAGAACUUUUAUAGCUGUUAAAGUGCAGGAGAAGCUUGCAGGGUCCCCGAGUCCCAUCGCGAGCCUGCUGCCCUGCCCCAAGCAUGGAGCCCGGGACCCCAUCUCCCACCCUGCACUUCGCACUGCUGGUGCCUGAGCCUGGGGCAGGGAGCCUGGAGCCUGGACCCCACCCCUGAGGCUGGAGUUGGGACCCAAGAGUCUGGACCCUGAGGCUGGAUCUGGGACCUUGGAUUGGGUGGACCCCACCCCCGAAGCUGGGAGCCUGGACCCUGAGGCUGGAGCUGGGUCCCUGGAGCCUGGACCCCACCCCUGAGGCUGGAGCUGGGACCCUGGAGUCUGGACCCCACCCCUGAGGCUGGAGCUGGGACCCUGGAGUCUGGACCCCACCCCUGAGGCUGUUGCUUGGGCCUGAGUUCUGGGGCGGUGUCUGGAGCCUCUGGGGGAGCGUAUGCAGGGCUGACUCCCCUUUGCCCCCUGCAGCAGUUUUAUGGCUCCCUCCUCCCUGAGGAUGAAUCCUGGCCAGAGGUCGCUGACCCCAGAGACAGCCCACGCGGAGACCAGCAAAGGAGUGGCCGCCCUCGCCAAGGGGAGCCCCCUUGCUGAGGAGCAGCUGCCCAGGAUGGGCUCCAAGGCACUGGGAUGCAGGGGCCAAACCACCUCCAGCCCUCUACUGCCUUUCAGUGUGGAGUCCCUGCUGAUCACGGAGCGCAAGCUGUGUCCCCAGAGCAGUCGCCCGCACCAGCCACCCCCCUCUGCCACUGCCGAAGCACCACCCACCCAGGCCCGGAGCAGCUUGUACACAGCGGAGUCAGGCCAAGAUUUCCCGGAGCAGCGGACUAAGCAGCAGCCACUGGCGGUGGGGAGUCCGGGUGACAAGGAGCCCAACUCCUGGUUUGCAAAGUCUGCCUGUUCUCCACCAAGGCAGCCCAGCCCUCCACCCUGCACUCUGAGGAAGCACAAGAACAAUCGCAAGCCCCGCACGCCCUUCACCACCUCGCAGCUGCUGGCACUUGAAAGGAAGUUCCGGCAGAAGCAGUAUCUGUCCAUCGCCGAGCGGGCCGAGUUCUCCAGCUCCCUCAAUCUCACAGAGACCCAGGUCAAGAUCUGGUUCCAGAACCGCAGGGCUAAGGCCAAGAGGUUGCAGGAAGCAGAGCUGGAGAAACUCAAACUGGCCACCAAGCCCUUGCUGCCCUCUUUUGCCCUGCCCUUCCCGCUGGGGGCACACCUGGGCUCCCCCUCCCUGUACGGAGCCACCAGCACUUUCCCCAGCAGAGCAGCCCUGCAGCCUGUCCCAGGUCUCUUCACAGCGCCAGUCACCUAUGGCAUGUACUACCUGUCCUAACAACCUGGUGCAGGGGCCAGGCUCUGUGUGCAGCACUUGGGUCACAGUGCCCCCGGCCUGCGCUGCUGCACAUAGGGCGAGCAGCACAAUAUGUGGGCCGGCAAACCCACUUCUUCGCUGGCUGCUGAUUGUGGACUAGCCCCCUUCUGACCAGCAUGCACUGAAUGGCUUAUGGCUGCCAAGGGUCAGUCCCUGGCUGUGGAACAGCAGGCGAAAAUCUACUGGGAAUAGUGUUUGGGCUUCAAUGCUGAAGGAUCGCUGCCUCCCAGAUUGUAGGCAAGAAAAAGUUCCUUCCCCAUGGGCUCCCUCACUUCAGCACCCCAGUGCAAUGCACUUGCUUCCCAGCCCAGCUGGCACAGGGCUGACUUUAGCUCUGAACUGUGUCAGGUUCCUCUUGAUCCUGGUAUGAAUCUGAUCCUGUCUUCCAGCCUCUGAACAGGGGAGACCCAAUCAUAGUAUGACAGGAAGUUCCCAUCACCCCAUAUUGAUCUCUAAUGGCCUUUCCUGUUAGCAUCUCCCUCUCCCAAGCAUAUCCUAGUCUGGGGAGCUUGUUCCUGAGUGUUUACAACAACCACAAGUCACUGGUCUCAAUGCUGGGGUUGCAGAGAACAGGUCUCUGGCCUGUGCUGGUCUGACUGACUCAACGUGAUGGUACUGUGUGGCCUGAACACCCGUGGAUGGGAUUGUGCUUGAAACUGAUACUGCAGCACUGCGUGGGAAGCCUGGUGCUUCCCCUGCUCCCGAUGCUGCAUGGCAGAGCACAAGGUGUUGAAGAGUAAAACAGCACAAAGCAGAGACUGCUCCCCCCUGCACUCCUAACACACACACAUUCUUCCAGAACCAGCUUGGGUUUGAUUAAUCAUCCCUCCUCAGUGUCUUCCUCCCCCCACUCCUGACUACCCAUCCGCAAGGCUCCCCCUGGCAUGAAUGAGUUCCACCCAGUCAUGAUUUCAAGGUAUGGGACCAAUGGGCCUGACUAUGCAGCCAUUAUCCAUGAGCAGUUGGCCUUACGGAGUCACCCCAUUGGGGGAUGGAGCUCUGCCAGGCCCAUGCUGCUUUCCCGGGGCUGGCAGUGACUCGAGGCCAGGUACCUUAGUGCUCUCUUGCUUUAAAUAGAGGACAGUCUGAUUUUUGUAUGAGUCACUCGGGGGCUGUAUUUGAGGAUGCUAAGCUGUUUAUAUGUGAGCUCUCGCUAGGACUCACAGGUGUGUCUACGCUGUGUGCAUUUCAGCCCAUGUGAAAGGCGCAGAGCUAAUUCCACGUACAUAGUUUGGGUUUUGUACAGAGCCCUGAAUGGGCUGGGGCAGAAAUCUCCCUGUUUUGUACAAAGCAGUCAGUCAAUAAAGCCUCUAAGUUAAUCAAGGCAGCGGUGCGGCUCACAGCUUUGUUCUUUGUAAACAA